ACAUACCAUCCGACACGAAAGCGCCGGCCCACCGACGUUUCUUGCACAAGAAUGCACCGCACAACAUUUAUUUUUGUUAAUCUUCUCAGCGGCACUGGCGCCAGCCUUACUAAAGCCGAGCAUUCUGAAGAACACAUGAAUAUAUGCAAAUUUGCAGGUGUGCGGGUGUGAAGUAUCAACAGGCCGAAGGUGACGAAUUUUAAUGCAAUUUAUCAGCCAGGGGAGGGCGGCUCCUUUGAUGUUUACCGUGAUUGACAACCUGGUAGCGUUAGUGACCGCCUGGCUGGCGCCGUACUGAAUGGGUGACGUCACGACGCUGGCGCCAGUCUGUCGGCUCAGCUGCCGAUGAUUGUAGCUUGUUCUGCCAAUUAAUCACAUGUCAAAUCGGGCUGUGAAUGUCAGGCGAAGGCUCUCGGCCAGCUGGUCGGCUUAUGGUGGGAAACGAACAUUACGAAAAGCAAACCCUCCAAAUUUUCUUACUUCAACCAAAACACGAAAUUCCCCCAGCUUCGUGAUUUUACCCCCUUUACUAUUUUCAUAUUACAUCUGUAUGAUUGACUGUUCGUGUAAAUGACUCCGAAUCUAAUAUUAAGAUUACACGCGCUUCAAAAGGAGAUGGGCGGAGCCUAUUCUUACAGCCAAGGAGUACUAAUUGCCGAUUGGUCGUUGGGCGUAAUCGGAUUAAGCCAAGCUUUCUCGGCGUUCGAUAAUACUGGUGUAGUGGGCGGAGCUUAAAAUGAUAACAUUACGUGCGGUGUACACAGCUGAGGCUUUAUAGAUCGUGUCGUCUGCUACGGAGCCACACAUUCGAUUUAGAAGCUCAACGAAGGCAGACGUCAACAUUUUUCACUCGCUGUUUUGAAAUUCUCAUACUUGGAUAUAUACACAUAUACCAUAUUUCUGUGUCGGUCAUGAAGUCUGUUGUGGAAUCGUGUGUUCACGCCAACGAUAUGGGAAUCAAGUCUGAUUCCAACUACAAAAUCGCCAAGACCCGGCUUGAGGAGAACACGGAAAUGACUGCGUGUUUCUCAAAGCUCAAGGAACUCGUCCCCACCGUACCACAACACAAGAAGAUCUCAAAAGUGGCUCUUCUACAACACGUCAUCGACUAUAUCCUAGACUUGGAGACCACACUGGACACCCACCCAGCAAUGCAAGUGAUCCCGCCCCUGGCUGCUGUUUGUCGGGCGCCGUUGUCAGAAAAAUCGGACUUCAACACGUUUCUUAUGGAGGCAUGCGACUCACACUUAGUCGAUAUGGACGAAUCCGAAAUGAGACCCCCGUCUAAAUAGAAGCUGCCACGAGAAGCAGAAAAGACAAUGAAAGAUUAAAUAUGGUGCCAUUCCCGACUUGUGUUAGAACGGAAUACAUGUGCAGCGGGCUUCGAAUUGUUCUCUUUCUCCAAUUCUGCCAACUGCGCAAAGAUGUCCACUGAUGGUUACGAGGUGGCACGAAGUUCCAAGAGGUGCCUGUGUGGUUACACUUGGUCGAAGAACUGGCGUGAGGCCGCGAUGUGCUAGGGCAGGCAAUCUGGGAUACAUACAAACGCUCAACGUACAUUUCAUUGUGAUGUAAGACACUUGCUCAGCUAUCACUUACGACAAGAUUGUGUUUCACAAUUGAACACUUACUCGAUCACCUUCACAAAUGAACACUGUCAUAUUCACAAGUGAACACUUGGAUCAAUUUUACAACUGAUCACUAUCAAUUUCACGAGUUCCAAACAUGGAUCAGUUUUAACAAAUGAACUACCAUUUUGACAAGUCGACACUCGAAUACAUUAUACGAAUGAAUAAUAUUAUUUUGACAUGUCAACACUUGGUUCAACUUUACGAAUGAAAACUAUCAAUUUGACAAGACAAAACUUGAAUCAAUUUUAAAAACGAACACUCAAUUUGACAUGUCAACGUUUGGAUCAAUUUUAUGAAUGAACACUAUCAAUUUGACAAGAUAAAACAUUGAUAAAUUUUUACAAAUGGACAGUGUCAAUUUCUCAAGUGAACACUUGUCAAUUUCACGACAUGAACAGGAAGCAGAUUGACAACUGAAUACGUGGGCCAAAUGAACACUUGAGUCAGUGCUACAAACGGACAUUCAACCAAUUCAGAAACGGAAAAGAACAUUAUGCUACUUUGAAGCAAGGCAAUUAUUCAAUGUUGACAUGAACGUUCACUGAACACCUGGUAUUGAGACGGUCUGUUCAAGGAUGAAACUUUUAGAACAACAAAGAGAUUAUUCCCAAAUGACACGCAGCUGUGAGCUGUUGGUCGUUUUCUUACGUUUUGUAUUUUUGUAAAAAUGUUGUUAUUUAUUUAUUUUGUUGAUUGUUAUGUAAAUAGCUCAUUCAUGUUAACAUUUUUAAAAAAGAAAAAAAAAAUACUGAAAAAAAUAAACAAAUACAGAUGAA